UGAUUGGCUCGGUGGCCGACUGACGUCACGACUUUCCAAUGUAGCGGAAGCUGAAAGUUUUUUUUUUCAGUUGUAAACUGAUACGCGAGCGUGAGUGGAUAUGCGCGAAGGAGAAAAUGAACAGUCGCUGCCUAACAACUGGCGUUUGAGACGGUGAACACAAGUCGUUUUUAGCAGGAACGAGACUCACUCGAGGACUUCCCCUCCCGCUUUGACAAUGUGGGAGCAGGCGGAAUUUGAGAAGCACUGGAGGAACGAGUUCCCCGACGGAGAAGCGCCCGUGAUGAACCUCAGCUCUGCGGAGGACAUUGAGGCAGAGCUGGAGAAAUGCAAAGGCAACCUGAAGGUGUUACAGCAGGCGCUCUCCGAGGAGAAGUUCAAGGUGAUCUACCUGCAGGCCACUAUCGCGCAGAAGAAGAAAACUUGCGACUUUGAGAGACGGUGCAGCGAGGCAGAGUCAAAGGACAGUCCUUGCGACUCGGAGAGCAGAGGCGGGGACGAGCCCUCUUUCGUCCGGGACAUACUCCGGGGCAGCAAGACAGGUAAACCCAUCCUCGUACCUCCUCGGAAAAAGCCGGAUGUUCCGCGAGAACUCUCGCGCUCCGUUGCCGAGCAACGGAUAAACGAGCAGGACAGCGACCACGAGUUCGAGGACGUGGAGCUCAACGAAAACUUUCUGCGAAAAAACAUACUCAACCCAAAGAGUCAGCGGCUGAAUCCUCGCAUCCGCUUGAGUCGAGACCUGGACUCGGAUGAUGGCGGACUGUCUCCUUCCCUCGCGCUCCGCGGCUCUCACGGGUCCGGGCGCAGCACACCUGACGGAUACCUGAGCUCCGACCACGACGACUCUUCCUCCGCGGACUUUAACUACAACACCGAUGGCUAUGAGGGAGAUACCACAGAGGACAGGAAGUCUCAGGAUGGCUCCGAGACCAUGCCAUUCAUUGACGAGUCGCCCACCAUGUCCCCUCACCUCUGCGCACGGGGACAGGAUGGAGAGGCCGUCUCACCCACACCACCAGAAGGACUGCUCUCUGGGGGAGACAUAGAGAAAGGUCUGGAGAUGAAGAAACUGGUUCUGUCUGGUUUUCUGGCCAGUGAGGAGAUCUAUAUUAACCAGCUAGAGGCGUUGCUGCUGCCCAUGAAACCUCUUAAAGCCACAGCUACUACAUCAAAGCCAGUGCUGACAAUGGAGCAGAUUGACACUAUUUUCUUCAUGAUCCAAGACAUCUUUGAGAUACAUAAGGAGUUUUAUGAUGCUCUUUCUCCCAACAUUCAGCAGUGGGAUGAGAAGGUCACUGUCGGACAUCUUUUCCAGAAACUGGCCAGUCAGCUUGGUGUGUAUAAAGCUUUUGUGGACAACUAUAAAGUGGCAGUGGAGACAGCAGAUAAAUGCAGCCAGGCCAACAUCCAGUUUCAGAAGAUCUCUGAGAAUCUGAAGGUUAAAGGUCCUAAAGAAUCCAAGGACUACCCCACAUCCUCCACCAUGGAAGCUCUCCUCUACAAGCCUAUUGACCGUGUCACUCGCAGCACUCUAGUCUUGCAUGACUUAUUGAAACACACUCCUAAGGAUCAUCCAGACUUCCCUCUGCUUCAGGAUGCUCUGAGAAUAUCCCAGAACUUCCUGUCCAGCAUCAAUGAAGAGAUCGACCCACGCAGGACUGCCGUGACCACACCGAAGGGAGAGGUUCGUCAGCUGGUGAAGGACGGCUUCCUGGUGGAGGUGUCGGAGGGGACGCGCAAACUCCGUCAUGUCUUUCUCUUCACAGACCUUCUGCUCUGUGCCAAGAUGAAAAAGACGGCAGUUGGGAGACAUCAGCAGUACGAGUGUAAAUGGUACAUCCCUCUGGCUGAUCUGAGCUUUCAGACUCUGGAUGACUCGGAUUCUCUCCCUCACGUUCAGACGCUUCCUGAGCAUGAGAUUGAGGAGAUGAAGAUCAAGAUCUCCACCAUCAAAAGCGAGAUCCAGAAAGAGAAGAAAGCACAGAAGGGUCAGAGUCGUAAUGUGGAUCGUCUGAGGAAGAAGAUGAAUGAGCAGGAGUCGUGUCUGCUGUUACACUCCCCCACCAUCCCCUUCCGCAUCCACAACAAACACGGCAAGAGCUACCUGUUCCUGCUGUCCUCAGAUUACGAGCGGUCAGAAUGGCGGGAGAGCAUUCAGAAACUGCAGAAGAAAGACCUGCAGGCCUGUGUGUUGAGUUCAGUAGAGCUACAAGUGUUGACUGGCUCCUGCUUCAAACUUCGAACUGUCCACAACAUCCCUGUCACCACCAACAAAGACGAUGAGGAAUCUCCUGGUCUGUACGGCUUCCUGCAUGUGAUCGUCCAUAAAGCCAUGGGAUUCAAAGAAUCUGCCAAUCUGUACUGUACCCUGGAGGUGGACUCUUUUGGCUACUUCGUCAGUAAGGCCAAAACACGUGUGUUCAGAGACACUACAGAACCACAGUGGAAUGAGGAGUUCGAAAUAGAGCUGGAGGGCUCUCAGUGUCUGCGGAUCCUGUGCUACGAGAAGUGUUACGACAAAUCAAAGCUCAAUAAGGACGAUAAUGAGAUUGUGGACAAGAUCAUGGGAAAGGGACAAGUACAGCUGGACCCACAGACCGUGCAGUCCAAAAACUGGCAUAUGGAUGUCAUAGAAAUGAAUGGGAUUAAAGUGGAGUUUUCCAUGAAGUUUACCAGUCGGGACUUAAGUUUAAAGCGGACGCCUUCUAAGAAACAGAGCGGCGUGUUUGGGGUUAAAAUCAGCGUGGUAACAAAGCGCGAGCGCUCCAAGGUGCCUUACAUUGUGCGGCAGUGCAUUGAGGAGGUGGAGAAGAGAGGGAUUGAUGAAGUGGGCAUUUACAGGAUCUCCGGAGUGGCCACAGACAUCCAGGCCCUCAAAGCAGCGUUUGACGCCAAUACCAAAGAUAUCCUGGUGAUGUUGAGUGACAUGGACAUUAACGCCAUCGCGGGGACACUGAAAUUAUAUUUCAGGGAGCUGCCAGAACCUCUUCUCACAGACCGGCUGUAUCCGGCCUUCAUGGAGGGCACUGCUCUAUCAGAUCCUGCAGCAAAGGAGAACUGCAUGAUGCAUCUGCUGCGGUCACUACCAGACCCCAAUCUCAUCACCUUCCUCACCCUACUGGAACACCUCAAGAGGGUGGCAGAGAAGGAGCCGGUCAAUAAGAUGUCUCUGCAUAAUUUGGCCACAGUGUUCGGCCCCACUCUGCUGAGACCGUCAGAGUCAGAGAGCAGCAAGGCCCACAUCACGCUGGCCUCUGAUAUCUGGUCACAUGAUGUCAUGGCACAGGUUCAGGUAUUGCUGUACUAUCUGCAGCAUCCGCCCAUAUCCUUCGCUGAGCUGAAGAAGAACACACUCUAUUUCUCAACUGACGUCUAACUCCAACAAAUGACUCCUUUCCUCUCAAACGUCGUCUUUUUUUUUGUGUACAAAGCCAACGGUCCGGCGGGGGGGACAGCGAGUGACUGUGGCCACUCUCCCCUGCGUUUGUCGUCUCCGGUCAUGUUCAUGUGUAAAAGGAGCUCGCGCUUCGCUUCAGCGCGGAGAAGAGCUGCAGCCAGAGGAAGACCAAGAUACAGCAUCACCUUAUACAGACGCUGCACUUCUCACACCCACACACACGUCCUG